UUUGUCCCUUUGUCCCCUUUGUAAACCUGCACUAUCGCUUUCUUUGUACUCUCACACACAUGGAGGAGAGACAUGUCCUUUCACUUUUCCAUGAUGCAAAGCCCUCGUCUUAAAGCUCAAUUAGUUUUUUUUCUGAGUCUCCAUGCUUUUUUUAUUUGUUGCCUUGAAGGGUAUACUGAGAAUUCCAAAGCCAAAUAUAAAAAUGUAAACAAACAAUUGUGUUUUGCGAUCGAUUGGGUGAGAACAAAAAAGGCAAAAAAUAAGGCAAAAAAGAGUGGGGGGGAAGGCUCGGUCUUAUUUUUUCCAAUUGAUCGUUUCCAUGCAUUCGCUUCUGCAUAUGUUCAAAAUAAACAAAGAAACAGGAACUGCAGCAUCUUUCGAUAAUUUAUACAGCACCACCUCAUUGUCACUACAAGGCCUCCAUUUUUUCGAUGGUUACUUUAAAAUACUUAUGGCUUGUUUACUUUUAUACAUCCAAGUUUC